UCUCUUCUGCCUGGUUUUCUCUCUCUCUCAUACUUGUUUUCCCUCUCCACUUGAUCUUUCUCUCUUUCCACCUGCUUCACCUUUUCUUCACCUGAUUUUUCUUUCCCACCUCAUUUUCUCUCUUUCACACUUGAUUUUUCUCUGUUCACUUGAUUUGUGUUUUUGAGUUCCUUCCUUCAGAUUUACUUUCUCUCUCCAUCUGUUCUCUCUUCCAAAACUUCUUUUCCCUUCCUCCUUGGUUUUCUUUCUCUCCACUUGAUUUCCUCUCUUUCAGACUUAUUUUUCUCUCUCCUCUUGGUUUUUUGUCUUUGGUUUCCCUCUCCUUCAGACUUUUUUCUUCUGGUCACUUGAUAGUUUCUCUCAACUGAUCUUUCGUUUGACAGAGUGUAUCUGUUUUUCAAACCUUUUUUCUCUUUCCACCUGAUUUUUGUCCUUGGUUUUCUCCCUUUUUUCAAACUUGUUUUCCCUCCCACUUGAUUUUCUCUUUUUCCUUCUGAUUCAUUUUUAAACACCUUUUCUGUCUCCACCUGUUUUUAUCUUUGACUUUCUCUCUUCCAAAACUUCUUUUCCCUUCCUACUCGGUUUUCUUUCAAUCCAUCUGAUUUCGUCUUUCAGACUUAUUUUUCUCUCUCCUCUUGUUUUUUUGUCUUUGAUUUCCCUCCUGUUCGAACUUGUUUCUUCUGGUCACUUGAUUGUUUCUCCCACCUGAUCUUUUUUUGCCAGAGUCUAUCUGUCUUUCAAACUUUUUUCUCUCUUUCCACCUAAUUUCUGUCUUUGGUUUCCACCCACUCUUUCCCUCUCCAGUCUCCACUUGAUCUUUUCCCCUUCUAUCUGAUUUUCUCUUUCAAACUUAAUUUCCUUGGUUUUCUCUCAUCCAAGCUUAUUUUCUCUCUCCAUCUGAUUUUGUUCUAGUUUCUGCCUGAUUUUCUCUCUCUUUUCAACUUGUUUUCUCCUUCUACUUGAUCUUUCUGUCUUUUCACUGAUUCCUUUUUUCAAGCAUCUUCUCUCUCUUUCUCCUCUUCCACCUGAUUUCUUCUUUCUUUGCACCUUUUCAUUCAUUUUUCUCAUCUGCCACAUGUUUUCCUCUCCCUCUCCUUCCAUCUCUUUCUGUCUUUCCCAUCUGGCUUUCUUUCUCCCCCUCUUUUCUCUCCUCCUUUCCUCAUCCUCCAUCCUCCCUCUCUCCCUCCCAUUCAUAUGGCCAGAGCAUUCACAGCUAUAAUUUCCCUUUGGAGUCUGGCCAUUGCAUCCAGCAGUUUAGGUUUGUGCCACUUGGACGGCGCGCCUUUCUCCUGGGCCUGAGGAAUUGCUACUUUGGGAGAAGGGGCCCAGCACCCAACCCUUUCAUUAUGGCUUUGUGUGGCAGCCAGGAUCCCAGCUUUACAUGCAAAAAGCUCUAAACUCUUCCAUUUGUGAGCGGGGUGGCCUGCUUUUCCUUUGAAGAGCGUCCCUCCUCCACCAACGCUUGCAGCAAACCAAGAUUCCCAACCUCAGCAGAAAUUAAAUUUUGUCUUUCUACAAAGGAACCAAGGAUAAUAACACUAAGGAUCUGACAGAUCUAUGGUUCCCCCAAAGUGAGGAACAUCUGGGGAUCUGUUCACCAAGCCCUUAUUUUGAACCCACAAAGAAAGAGCAAAGCCUUGCAGACUUUUUGAAAGUUUUGUAGUGUUAAUGUGCAAAAUGCAAAACUCUUUUCUAGCUGACGGUAUGAAUUUUGCUCCCAACAGCUGAUCUGGAUUGGUCUAGAUUCUGCUACCACUUUUUCUGGAUUUUCAAGUAGCCCUUUGUUUGUCAGCUCUUGUUUCUUCUAGAGACAGCCCCCAUUUGUUUAUCUUUGUAUGUUUUUAUUGCAGCACGUGCAAUUUUGGACUUUGUCAUUGGUUUGGACUACUGUGCUCUUUCUGGAUCUGGAUUGGAUGAAAUAGACCUACUAGAAAUACAUCUCUUUUUGCUACAGUUUGUCUUGGGAGUUAUCACUGGGUGUGCUUCUUCUGGACUGGAAACAAAACUAGCUGUUCAAGAGUCACAAAUGCACAUGAAGCCAGGAUGUCGAACAUCAAAGGAAUGGAGAAGGAAUAAUUGGUAAACACGGGUCCUCAGCGUUGGAUAGCUUAACCUGCCUUUGGAGAAGCAAAAUGUCUCAGGCCCAACUCUGCCGUGCCCUUUAUGACAAUGCCGCCGAAUGUCCCGAGGAGUUGUCUUUCCGGAAGGGGGACCUGAUGGUUCUGCUCCAGCCUGAAGCCCCUGGCCUCGAAGGAUGGCACUUCUGCUCCUUGCAUGGCCAGCAAGGAAUCGUGCCGGCCAACAGGGUCCGAAUCCUUCCUCAGCCUGCGUCCCCCGUACUCACUCCUUACCAACAUCACGUUGCAGCGGAGGUUUACCAGGUGCCCAGGAAAGAGGUGGCUGCGGUCGGAACGGUCUUCGAAGCGCCCCAGGAGGAGCGCAGGCAGCGGGGACGGAGGAAAGAAGAGCAGGAGGUCUAUGAGGUGCCACCACCAGCUCGCCCCUGUCCUUUGCCCCCAGAGAGCAUCUACCGGGUGCCGCGGGGCACCAGAAGAGAUGGGGAUCCUGCAGAGGUUUAUGAUGUCCCCUCUUCUGUACUCCGGGACUCUCCGUCUGACACGUAUGACUCACCCUCUCCGUGCCCCAAAAAGGUGGCCCGUGUGGCCCCACAACCCACUGCCCCGCCACCUUCCGACGACCCUUACGACGUUCCCCUUGCCUUCAAGAAACUCCCAAGCCAAGAGGUGGAAGAGGAGGAGGAGGAGGACAGAGACCCUGAGAGUCCCCUAGUUUAUGCCACCCCAUCUAAUCUACGCCGGGCUUCAGCGUUGCUUAACCUGUACGAGUCGCCCGAGGAAGUGUUAGCGGAAAAUGCAGAGGAGAAGGAAGAGAAGAAGGAGGAAGAGGAGGAAGAAGAUGGAGGUAUCUACGAUGUUCCUCUGCUGGUCUCUAGUUCUCCGCCCCUUGAAGGGACUCUCCAAGGACUGAGCCUGCGGGAACCCGGACCCCCGUCCCGUCCGCGCCUGCCUUCAGCGGAAAGUCUGUCCCGCCGCCCGUUGCCUGCCCUUCCCAGCGAAGAACGUCUGUCAACGGAGCCUCCUCCACCCUCCCCAAGCAUUGUGAGGAAGGGCAGCAUCCAGGACCGCCCGCUCCCGCCACCACCACCCCGACUGGGGGGUCUUGGAGCCGGGGAGCCAAUAGAACAAGUCAGGGAUGAUGGCCACAAUGAAUAUGAAGGAAUCCGCUUACCGGAUGAAUAUGACUAUGUUCACCUCAAGGGGGCAGAUAAAAUCCAGCCAAAAGCGACCACUCCAGAAGGCAACCCUGGACUCACGUUACCAACAGACACUGCGCAGACAGAAGAAAUGGCACCACCUUCCCCAGAGGACAGCCAGCUCCUGCAGUUUUACACAGGGCAAUGCCAGACUCAUUACACAACCCUUCUGACGGCCAUUGAAGCCCUGCUUGCCAGUACGGGUGCCCACAAGCCCCCAUGGGUCUUUGUUCCUCACGGCAAAUUUGUCAUUGUCACGGCGCACAAACUGGUCUUUGUGGGGGACACAGUCUCACGGCUGGCCUCCUCAGCCACGGUGCGGACACAGGUGGGCACUGCUAGCGGCUCACUCUGCCAGGCGCUGAAAGAAGCCGUGCGCUCGGUCAAGAACGCUGCCUUGCACUACCCGUCGCCUCCUGCCGCCCAGGAGAUGUGCGAAUGCGUGGCCGAACUCUCCCGACAAGCCUUGGCCUUCACCUCUUUGCUGGGCACCUUGGCACCCUCUUGAUCCUGUGCUCUCCUUCCCCUCCUCGCCAGCAAAGUCUGAUCCAUGGUCUGAGAGAAACAGAGACGGACACUAGAAUCCCUGGUGCCAAUCAUCAUUGUGUCAUUUCAGACCUCUUACUGUGGUGGUGCCAUGUGGACUCCAGCAAAUUGUGUGCCAAAAGUGUGUCUGUUGGGUCACCUUCCACUGGUGCCAAUGUUACAUUUCGGAUCUCUGACUUACAACACUGUUUUAUGGCCACCAACAUUGUCCAUAAUGGAGAUGUAGGCAGACACUGGUGCCAAUAAUUACUACAUCAUUUCAAGACGUCUUAUGCAAUAUUGACCCUCCGGACGCUAGCAAUACGUGUGCCAAAACGUGCCUGUUGGGUCACCUUGCAUCAGUGCCAAUGUUUAAUUUUGGAGCUCUGACAUCCAGCUCUCUCAAAUGUUCAAUAUUGUCCAUAAUGGAGAUGUAGAUGGACGCUAGAAUCCCUGGUGCCAAUGACUACCGUGUCAUUUCAAGACCCAUUUUUGCUGUUGGUCACUUUGCAUCGGUGCCAAUGUUUCCUUUUGGGACUCUGAUUUCCAGCACCAUUGUCUCUAAUGAGUCUUUGCUCCAUGACAUUCCUUUAGUUCAGUGAUUCCCAAAGAUUAGUCUUCUGGGUGGUUUAGACUUCAGGUCCCACAUCUCAGCUGUCUUGGCCAAUGACCAGGAUUCUGGGAAGUCCAAAUGACCGGGAUUCUGGGAACGAGAGUGCAAAACACCGAGAAGGCCAGAGUUUGGGAAACAGACAUUUUUGGCUUCUCUAUGUGGCUCUUGGUCCAUAAUUUCAAGCUCCUUACAAGUAUCAAAUCUGUGCCACUUCAUCGUGUUUAGGCCUCAUUCUUUGCAGGUACAAAGAUGGCAUUACCUUCGUUCCACUCCAGUUUCGAUCGUUUGGUCGUUCUCCUAACCAAAGAGCUUUUCUAGUAUUGUCGAAGGCUUUCAUGGCCGGAAUCACUGGGUUGUUAUAGGUUAUUUCGGGCUAUAUGGCCAUGUUCUAGAGGCAUUCUCUCCUGAUGUUUCGCCUGCAUCUAUGGCAAGCAUCCUCACUACCUCUGAGGAUGCUUGCCAUAGAUGCAAGCGAAACGUCAGGAGAGAAUGCCUCUAGAACAUGGCCAUAUAGCCCGAAAAAACCUACAACCCAGCUUUUCUAGUGUUUCUCCUUACCGUGUUCUCCUCCAGUUGAUGUUCAAAAUGGUUCUACCAACAGGAAAUAUUUUUCCCAAAAGUUCUGCUGUUGAGAUGAGGUUGCAAACCCAAAUAUAUGGGGCAAGACAUGGCUGCUGCUUCCCACAAACUUGAUAUUAGGGACGCAACCCUAUGCACAUACACACAUCCAAAUAAAAGCCUUCAUGGGAAAGGAAUAAGGAGCAAAUUUGGGAGGAAACACUCCUCAUUUGGUAACAGUCGUCUGGAUAGGACGGAGGGAGGAAAAAAGCCCCAAAAUGGGAAUAGCCAGUAUAAAUAUAGCAGAGAAGAUAAUGGAGAAAAAGGGAGGGGAGGAUUAGUCCAGAUAAAGCAAACAAAUGCAGAAAGUUCUGCCAAAUCCAAAAGGGAAGCAAAGAAAUCUGGGGCACAAGCAAAGAAGCCAAAGGUGAGGAAGGAAAUGAUAAAAAUAGACAAUAGAGUGAUUGGUCAAUGUCGACUUUAUAUGCUACAUAAUACAGAGCACAGAGUUGGGCACCUGAAUAGUGGAAGGGCUGCAUAUAGGGGUUAUCUGGGGGAAAGGAAGCCUUGCUGGGGCAGUUGGCAGAGAUCCAUUUACUCAGGUCUUUGCUUCUCUGAAAUUUCUCAAUUAGUUUUGCAUUCUUUACUGAAUAGGUGCCAACUGGUUUUCCCAAGUUAUAAACAUAUCUAUGUAUAGGUACGCAAAAAACCUUUCGGAUCAUUUCCUCACCAAAAGCAAACUGGGUCAAAGCAUCUCUCUCAGGAAAUAUUUGCCAAGUUGUUUUCUAGGUUUGGUCAUAAUAAAAAUGGUGCAAAAUGAAACAA